CAGCGAGAUCAUGCAGGUGCGGGAAGAAGCAAAUUGUAGAGCACAGUUUGGGGUGCACAGGACUGGGCUAGCUGUUUACGACGGCAGCAUGGAAGCAUUCAUCCUCGCCGCCGCACGAAUCAAGGAGCCCCACACGCGCAGGUAUGGCUCGACAUGCGCGGGCGAGCAGAAUAUGGUGGUAAUGUUUAGCAAGGAGAGGGGCUGUGGCGAAGCAAUGGCGAUGACAGACAAAGGUGGCGGGUCUGGAUGAGGGGGAAAUCCGACGCGUCGCAUACCGCGUCAUAGAGUGCAACAAAUCGCCAAGUCACAUGAUCUCUAAAGCUGGCGUCCCCACCCGGGCAGGGAUUUGUAACCAAGGUCGAGCACUCUCAACUUGAAACACCGAUCGAGCGACAGAACAGCGGUAAA